GACUCGUCUUACUCGGACCUAGAAACUCGCUAGGAACUGAUUUCUUUUACUUCUCAGUCGAUCUUGUGAGAUUUGGUUUUAAGGGAUAUAUACAUAUUAGGCGGGACCCGCGAAUAUUGGCUGCGUUACUCGUUGGUUGUUUCAUCUGGAAUUACGAUGUUUUGGAGCUGUCAUUGGUAAAAUGGAUAUGGUGGAGAACCUCACAGACUUCUCUCGAGAUAGUGAUGGUGGGAGCGAAAGAGACAUGUUUGAAGUGACGAGUACUAGACUGUCUGCCUGUAAACACGAUGGUGGCGAUCACCAGCAAGACAAGGAGAGGUAUGCAAGGGAAAGUCAUUGUGAAAUAGAGAGACGAAGACGUAACAAAAUGACUGCCUAUAUAAACGAAUUAUGUGAAAUGGUACCAACUUGCAGUUCACUCGCAAGGAAGCCUGACAAACUUACUAUUUUGAGGAUGGCUGUGAGCCACAUGAAAUCGAUACGAGGUACUGUCUAAAUAAAAUUUUCCAGUAUAAUUCAGAAUAGUAGGGUGAAGUACUUAAGUUUUUAUUAGCUAUACUGUUCUGUUUCUCUCGGACUUCAAUUUUUGGUGUUUGCAUCUCGUUUAUUUUUCAUAAGCUCAAUGGCCAAAAUUUGUUUGACUUUUCCUAUUUAUUAUCAAAUUGAUCGAAGUGUCUGGGUCUGGGUUUGACAUUUAUUACGUUCUAUUCAGUAGUAAAUGCAUCGUUCAGAAGUUGAGUUCUUUAGGAAUAUUCUCUCUAGUCACCGAUAGCUAGAGUUCUUUUUUAUGCUUAAUCAGUAGGUUAGAGAAAUGUAAAGCUGAAUUAUUUUCUAGUUUUUUCAUCGUUGUUCAGCUAGAUAUUUCCAAAAAGCAUCCACAAAAUCGCCUUAUAACUAUCAAAUUUUUUUCCAGUCAUUGUGGAAUUAAGCGUUUGUCCAUAUUCAUACAAUCAUAUGCAGUCAAAUAACAUGGAUAAAUGUAAUUUAUGAUCCAGUCAAUCUCACCGUCCAUCCUCAAACUUAAAUUUCUGGGGGUUGUAAUAAUAUUCAGAGGACACUGAAGUUCUUAGAUGUUUCCAUUUAAAUUAUUGUCUUUUCCUAGAUCUCCACUUAUGUUGCAUACCCGUUUCUUUUUCUGGGUUCUAAAUUCUCGGUCUUUCGUGGUAUCACUCAUGUUUAAUUUAAUUUCACUAUUUUUUCAUUCAACUUGUCGAUUCCCACUUCCGCCGUUUAUAUUUUAUGUGGCGACCUAGGCAAAGAGAAAUUUAUACUCGGUCUCUACAUUUAUUGUGAUUCAUUGGUGGGAAACUGUGAGUCGUUGUACUCCGCAAUAGAACGACGAAAUCUUAAUAAUAAUGUCAAUGACACUGUGUUAAAAGAAUCGAUAUUAAAACUGGAGGUGAAUCUAAUUAGUAACUACGUUUAAAUAUUUUGAUUUGUAGUAGUACUUGACUUUUAGGAUCAUAGCAUGAGAUUGGGGGGUUUCGGUUAGUUUCAGCUAUUAACCGGUACACGAAAACCCAUCAUUCAGCUAAUAAGUCUGUACAAAAGAGGCUGAAACUAGUUUAAAAGAACUUAUAAAAGAGGUAGUCGUAAUUCACUGAUGCAUUGGUUAGACUUCCACCUUUGCAAUAUUUGGAAAUCAUAGCAGAUAUUGCAGUCUCAUGGUCGGUUGUAGCUUCUGUCUUGAUAUGACUUUCCUGUUUAACCAUUAGGAUUUCUCUUCCACUUAUCUACUAGUGUCAUGCUUAUGUUCCUUGAUUUUCCUGUACACUGCAGAACAUCAUGACAGAUUUAUGAGUAGUUGAAAUCUUUUAUAGUUAGUAGUAUACAUUCGUGUCGUAUUCUAUGUUGUUUUUGUCUUUUUGCCUAUUGCUGAACGAAACGUUAGAAUUAUUUAAAUUUCAAUCGCUGAGCUUAUUUCAAACAUAGUUUUCACAAAUAGUAUCAAUGCAAAAUGUCAAAUGCGUUAAUAGGUUCGACUUCUUUUGUUUUAGAAGCAUAUUGUCCGUGCUGCAGCGUGUUAGUUUUUGGCUAUGAACUGUACAUCGUGUUUACGUGUUUGGUUGAAAUGAAGUAUCCAAUUCGGCUGCUCACAACUGUCAAGUUAUUUAAUAAGUAUUUUGUGAGAUCAGAUCGUUGGUAUUCGUUUUUUAGUAGGUUUUAGGAGGCUUAACGUCCUUACUUAAGUGCUAGGUAUGUAAUAACUGAAACUCGUCGGGAUUAGUCUAACCGACCAAUCAUGCAUGAUCUGUCAGACAUAACCAACACCAAGUCUGGCACAUAUCUGCAUCGGUUCAAGUUACAACACUAAAGCACAUCAAGGUGCCAGAAUAUUAGAAAUAAUUACAGCAUCGAUGGUAACAUAAUGAUUCAGCAUCAAAAAUAUGACUCUAAAAGGAAAGAAGUAUGAGAUCAUUCUUAAACUCAGGAUCUAAGGGAAGAUACAUGGUGAAUCGAUUUGGGCUAUUUCGAACGAUUCUAAGCAACGUCAACCAGCGUCCCCAUUUUUUUCAGUAAUUGCGCGGAGUCCAAUCAGAUGGUUUUCACCUGCCGAAGGCUUAGUCCAGCAUUCGACAUUUUCAUGGAGUGACGCCACAUUUUUGGUUUGGCCACCUCAAGCUUUGUCCAGCUUCCACACCAGACAUCCCCUUUGAGGGAGUGGUUUGGCGAUAUAUGUAUAUGUUAAGAUAGCCGAAUGGUGUCAUGAGUCUCUAUACCCUCACCUGAUACACAUAGACUAGCAAACGAACAUUAUUUGAAUGCUAAGUUACAAUAUUUCAUUUUGCUGAAAAGUGGUAGCUAACAAACACAAUCAAGAGUUGUGUUUUUUUAAAUACCUUCCUGCUUGAUGUCCUAAAGAUUUCGUUCAUUUUAGGAACUGGGAGUACAACAUCUGAUGGAUCAUACAAACCCUCAUUUCUUUCAGAUCAAGAACUUAAGCAUUUGGUUUUGGAAGUGAGUUUUGUAACAAUAGAUAACCAUUUAUCCAGAAUGAAACCUUUAUGUUUUUCACACAAUAUUUUUAUCCUUUUAAGAGAAUGAAUAGUGUAUCAGCAUUGUAGUUAAUGACAUCUUAUAACCAAUCAUUUCAAAACAUGAAACAAGUUGGUGGAACGAAAACCCCGUGAAAAUUCGCGAGUAAAUAGAACUUAUUAAGAAAUUGUCAGGGCUGUAUUAAUACCCCACUCAGUUUACGUAUAAAUGAUUGAUUACUUAAAAGCCCCAUCGCCUUUUUAUUUUUUGUUCUGGUUGUAAAAUAAGCGCAAAUAAAUCAUUAGAAUAAUAAAUAAUAAUUACUAGUUCUGUAGCCUACCCACCCACCAUUCACAGUUAAACCUGAUUACAAAGUUUGAUUCUUGCCUAUAUGAAUUUUGGUGGAGUAAACUCAAUGGAUUUCAUCAUCUGAUUAUUUGAAAUUAUAUGGAAGUUAAAAAAUGAAAGUUCCUAAAUGGAAGCUUCUUCGUAUCUAUAAAAGCUGAAUGUUUCUAAGAUUCAAAUGGAGUAGCAUGUACUAGUGAGGGCUCAGUACUUAAUUUUAAAGGCUACUGGGACAGAUUUCAAUGAUGAAAUAAAUUGAACAUUGUCGUUCGCUUAUAUGGAAUGUGUCUAUGUACUGUUCUCACCUGUGAGUUUUCAGUUGUAAUAUACUUAAUACAAUUUCACCAUGCUAUUUCUAAUAAACAAGUUAAAUAACGUGUUGUAUUGGUUUUCCCAUGAUUUAUGUUCUAUCAUAUACUACAUAUAAAAUAAAACUGAAAAAGUGUGAUGUCAAUAUUGUUAUAAGUGCAGCCUACAUAUUUAUUAGUUGUACAUUAUAUGAUGGUCCAUUUUAACUACAUCUUUUUCUAAGGCUGCGGAUGGAUUUCUUUUUGUUUGUCAAUGUGAUACUGGAAGAAUCAUCUAUGUGUCUGACAGUGUAACAUCUGUGCUCAAUCAAACUCAGUCAGAAUGGUAUCAGCAUACGCUGUACGAGUUAUGCCACCCGGAUGAUGCAGAGAAAAUAUGUGAACAACUUACUGGAUCUAUAUUACCAUCACAAGGUGCUAGUAUUUUAGGUCUCACAAGUCAAGCUUCGUUAUCUACUUUAUCGAAUAGUAAUUCGACCAAUCUCACCAAACAACCCGCUGGAUCAGACCUUAAAAUGGGCCCUGUUGCAUCUGAUUCCUCUCCUACAUCAGUAUCUGAUCUGGUAUCUACCCACAUAUGCGCUUCCCAACGCCAUAAUUCUCCAGCAAAUUUGACUAAUAAUAUUUGUUCGUCACCUGCUCCUGGGCGGAUACUAGAUUUAAAAUCUGGCACAUUGAAGAAGGAAGGUCAUCAAUCUCACUUACGAGGGAAUAUGAGCUCACGUCGUGGUUUCAUUUGUCGAAUGCGCCUAGGUUCAGCUAUCCAGUGUGCUAUGCAAUCAGAUGCUGGAGUUGUAAGUUCAUUAGGAUUAACGGCUCGGGCACGUUUACGUUAUCGACAUACUUUUGGAAUAUCAUCAAGCGGGCAAUGUUCUUAUGCCGUUGUCCAUGUGACUGGUUUUGUGAAACCAUACAAUCCUACGAUUGACCCCACUCCGAAUAAUGUUCAAGUUAGUGGUCAGGCUAUAGGAUCUCAAGCAUACCCCCUAUUCGGUAGGUUUUUAAUUUUAAUUAUGUGUGAUAGAACUUAACUUUUAACUGAUUCAUUAUUAAACGUUCCUUAUUCUCCUUCUAUUUUACAUCUAUUCACGUUGGGUUCAGUUUCAUUUGAUCGCUUUAUUGAAUGUAAGCCAUAAAAACUUCUUUCACAGUUCGUCUGUUGCAUUACUCCGAGUUAGACGUUUUGGGUGUUUAUCGCAUACAUUACUUAGAUAUCACUAUUAUCGUGUAGAAGAACGUGGAGCAGCAGUCGCUUGUUAAAAAUAGUUUCCAACCAUUAGGUUUCAAUCGCGAACCGUACUCCAUCCCUAAGCCAGCUUGCACAGCCGGAUAAUAUCACUGUCUAUUAAAUAGAGUGUGAUUUGAAUCGAAACACAUAGAUCGCUAAUCGAUAAAUGAGUCACACUAAAAUGAAUUAUUCAAACUAUCCUGUAGAUGAUUAAUUUCGAUAAGCUACAUCUCUAGGAACAGUAUCGUCUAGUGGUUGUAAUUAGUACUCUGAAUAUUUGAUAUUAUAUUACGAAACAUGCUUAGCUUUACGCACUCAUUUAAUGAUUUUUUCAUUAGAAUACUAGUUUAUUGCAAUCUAAAUAUUUUGAACAUUACAUUGACUUUUGCAUUUACAACCAAUUUUAAACGUUGAAAACAUGUUCAAUUGGAUUGUAAACGCGAGUUAUUUUAUUCAUAUGCUUAAAACGUAUUUUGCAUAGAUAAUUGAUUCCAAUUUAAUUUUCGUUGAAAUUUACCUCAUUCGGCGUACACUUGUUAAUAGGUAAGAUAAUUCGUAAGCAUAAGGUGGGACAUGUCCCAAAUAAAGUGCACAUAUGACAUAUCUCUGUUUAGUGAAAAUGCUAAUAAUAUGCAGUUUUCGGAACAACUGAAAAACCAUGUAAAAAUGUUUGUGAUGUACUUCUUCUCUUCUGAAUGUAAAAUGAUGCUUUUGGACUUGUCUACAUCAAUGCUUAUUUUGGUCAAAGGGAAUGAAGUAGUUAAGUGCGUUGACCACUUCAUCCACGUUUGGAAUUCCAUUAAGUUGGUGAGUGGUAAUUGGUACGGAUACAAAAAGCUCUCCUGGCUUUUUUCAACUUGCGCCACCUACGUUACAUUAAAAUAUUCACCUCCCAACCGGUGUUGAAUUUAAAUUCCAGUCGACUAUAUAUUAACCAACGGUUAGAUAACAUGGUCUGUUCAGAUGGUUAACAUUCGCGAGCUAUUUGUAUUUGGUUAUAGGUAUCUUCAAACGAAUCCUCGCGCAUUUCAGAACAACGAGGUGAGAAAUCCUGUGGUUGGGUGUGUGGUACUAGGUAAAAUGUCCAAGUCAAUUAUUAACCCCUAUAAACCUUUAUCGACUAAGGUGAUUAGAGCACGUGUCAUGCAUGCCUACCACUUACCCCGACGUGCAGUAGUGGCUAACAAUAAGACAGGUUGGAACUAAGUUGUAAGCGAAUGGAAUAAGAACAUCAGUGUGUAAAGUCAUUGACUGCUGAUCUGAACCGUGCCAGUGGGUUCCGUUUUUCUGAUCUGGUCUAGCAAAAUACUGGUAAUCAAUGUUUGGAGCUGUUGGGUAACAUGUCGAGAAAACAGUCUCCAUAGUGCAGUAGGAUCUAUUCCCAGUCUUCCUCCAUUUCUUCAGUUUAGUGAUAACCCUAACUCUUCUUCCAUCUUAUUCCUCUUUGCUUCGUAUAUUUUCGUCUUUGACAUCCAUUUCACCUGGAAGUAAGUUCUCUCGUCUGUUUUUCUUGUCAAGGACUCAGGAUAUUUAUUCGUACUCUCUGAUGAUUACGAACAGACUUUAAUAUGCAUUCGUCCAAGUUAACACACUUCAUGUCUAAUAUAAUGAAAAUAUUUUCUCGACGGUCGAGAUGUAGAUAAGAAUAAACGGAGAAUGAAACACUUACAUUGUGUUUAGGGAAAGAUAAAGAAUGAGUCCUACACUACUGUAUUCAUUAUUAAACGGUCUUUAGUAACUAAUUACGAUUAUGAAAUAACCUAUACGUUUUCACAAAAUUCAGGCGAAACGUUAAAAACUUACUGGACUGAUUUUAUAUUUCCGUUCUACUACCCUUUACUUCCUACUAAUUUAUUCGUACGCCAAAAUCAAAUACAAAAUAGACGGUGACUAAAUUCAUACAACACACAGUAAGGUGACCUAGGUUUAAUUCCUCCCUAUACUCUGAUUUGAUCACGAGUGUUCAGAUACGAAGUUUUCAAUAAUAUUACUUAAUAAUUAGAGUUCUCAUUCGAUAUCAAACAGCAGUACAAUAUAUUUUAAUAAAUAAAUGUCAAUGUUGUUCUCAGAUCUUGAGAAAAACUAGUGGUAACUACUUAAAUUUUCUGUUUUCUCUAGCUUCCUAUGUCAAUUAAAAAUGUUAGCUAAACACAUGAAAGAAAUUUCUGAUUACUCUAUAUCAUCAGUACAAGAAAAACCAUGCUAGGGUAUCGAGUUCUAGUAUAUUAUGCCGUAUGUAAGGUUAUAGGUUAUCAUGAAAGGGUCAUCAAGGUAAAUGAACCUUUGUUUCAGUGAGCUGUUUUACGUAUGUUGGAAGUAAUACGAGUGAAAAUCACAUUUAUAAUCAAUACAUAAUUUUCUGCUAAAAACAGUAGUUGAAGAUUUACAUUACCAACAGUCCUACGAUCACUUGUGUUUCAAACGACUUAUAUUUUGUAUAUAAUUUUGUCACUUCAUCCUACAAAGUAACUUAUUGUUAUGUUUACUUACAACAUUGGUUAAUUGGAUUAGUCACCAUUUAGACAGUGUUCUCAGCAGUUCGAAAAAUCAAUGACAUAUCACACCUGAACAUAUGAAUUUUCUAUUGAAAUCAUGAGCCGAGCACAGUCAAACAAAUUUUGAAAAUCCGGAAUCACUGGACAGCCGUUUUGUCCUAGCAUGGGAGUUUUAAGCGGUAGACGUUCACGAUCCAUUUUCUUCUAACGUACGAAUUAUUAUCAUCGAUGAGAUGUAGCAUAUAUUUAUUUCAUUUUAUUUAGGUGAACUGAUUUUCAAAUAGUUUAUCCCUUUGAUAAAUUUAGAUAAUUCAAUGAGAAGAUGAAGCUUCUGAAAACCAUGUAGUAUAUUUCGAUCAAUCUGAUCACACAUUUACUUGUUAAGACAUUUAUGUGUGAACAAUAAAGGUCAUGUAUUAUUCCUUAUUCUCUUUGUUCUACUCAUAUCUCGCUAUUCAUCUGGUUGGUUAUUAUUUUACAUAUAUAAAUGUUCUUAACAAGUAUAUGUGUGACCAAACUGUUCGAAAUAUAUUGCUCCAAUAUAUCAUAUACUUCUCAUAAUUUUUAUCUUGUUAUUGGACCAUUUAGACUGAACUUUGCCAUAAAACCCUCACUGAAAUAUGGUCUAACAAGUGUGUAAGGAAAAAAUCGAUAUAUGAAGUUUUUUUUCUUUCCAUAAUAAAUGUCUGUUAGAUAAGUUUGCUGUUUGCACAUUCCAUAUACACUCUUCGUAAAUAUAUAACUAUUAGAAAUUAAAUGUACCUACUUAGUGACUCUUAUUUCUAUUUUAAAUCAUAACGAAAAACAUCCUGAUGAUUUUUUUCCCUUCAAAUUUUAAUGUAUUUAUAGAGAGCACUAAGUUACUGUGUAUUUAUGUAUUCUUUGUUAUUAGUUUAUUGACCAAAACAACAACAAAAAAUUAGUAAUUAGUUUAUUUGAUGGUCUCAUCUCAGAAGAAAGUGACUUUAAUCCUCCAAUCUCCGAUAAUAAUCACCUCGGUCGUUCCGAUACAAAUAAUUGUUCAGAUGUUCAUGUACCUCAGUGUUUAAUAGCUUUAGGUCGUUUACAGGUAGUCAACAAACCAGAAGCCCUUGACCUUUAUCCUCAUCGUUUUAAUGAAUUCCUUACACGUCAUUCAGCAGAUACGCUUAUCACAUUUUGCGAUCAACGAGUUCAAAACGUUCUUGGUUUAGAAACAAAUGAAGUCCUUGGACAAGCCUUUGGAAAUCUCCUACCUUCUUCCAGAGACAAGAUUAGUUUUCAAGAAGUUUUUGACAAAGGUAAUUCUAUUUUUUCAUAGUGUCUAUAAAAUAGAUCAUCAGCUUAUUUACCUCAAGUUUUCCAGAACCUCAUAAUUAAGACAACAUAAUACAAUGAUACACAUUGUUUAUUGUGUGAAAAGAAAGAUAACAAGAGAAUCGCGGAAAGCAAAAGAAAUGAUAAAAAGAUUGAAAAUAAAAGUUUCAAUAUUAACUUCACUAUACACUAGUAUGUAAAAACAUUAACAUCCAAAUGAUACUGGAAUAGAAGUUCGCAAUAAAAUAGAUGGACCGUCAUGAACUGAUAAAGUUUACUCAUAUGGACUAGUAAUUUUAAUGUAUUACUUCUAAGUACUUGGAUUAAAUUCCAUUUUAUCUUUAGAUAAUCAAAUCUUAUUAAUUAAAAUCAUGAAACGAUCAGUGUUAGAUCGCCAUUGAAAACUUGGAAGCACUGGACGGCCGUUUCGUCUUAAUGUGUGGGACUUCUCAGCAAUGCGUAUGUGCAAUCCUGCACGUGGAAUCUAUUUCUCCGACAAUGUUAAUUUCUGACCGUUUAAAACAAUACACUUCAGUGCAUAUUCAUGCAUUCAUUCACGGUUUCCUUUGGGUUUCUUUUUGAUGACUUAAUUACCAUCAGCCAUUAUGGGUAUUAUUGUCUUUGAAGAAGACUUCAAUGACCCUUAAUCUGCUUUAUUCAAUACCUCUUUACUCGAGCUUUUUUCUAGCAAAUUAUCUUUCUAAAUUUUGAGUCGAAGACUAUUAAAAAAACGUCUGGUCAUAUUAGGGAUGUUGCAUCCCUAAAUAUAUUUUAGCAGGAAGAAAUUAAGUAAGAGAUUAUGUGUUGAUAAGCAUGGAUCAAUAGUGACCAUCAGUGGGAUCCAGGACUCAUGUCUCAUCCUACUUGGAACUCAUCGGCUGGAUAUACCUGGAAAGUGACUGGUCAAUUGCAAUCCUAAACAGCAAUGGGAAGAUUCAAACAACUAAUACAGAUUGUGUAUGGACUUUGAUGUGAUUUUCCUUUAGUUGGAUUUUGUAUGGAUUCUUUGUAAUUUCUGUUCAUUUCACUUAUUAAUUCAGUCUGAUUUUUGCGCAGUACAACAUUAAUUUAUAUCAGUUAAUCCAUCUUAAUUUUUUCAUUCACUUCGAUUUUACUUAGCAUACCAUUCAAUUGUAUUAUUUCUCCGUCAUUUUGUGUUUAAAUGACGAUUAUUCUGUUUGAUGACUAUUAUAUAAUUUAUAAUCACUGUAAUCGAAUGACAAUUCAGUGUAUUCAAAUUUAAUUUUUUAUGGUCUCUAUCAUAUAAAUCUUCCUUGUAUUACGUGUUUUGGAGAAGGAAGCUGUUGUGUUCUGACUUUAAAUGUCGUCAGAGUAUUCACGGUUACUUCAAACCAUGUCACAUUUGCAUUAGGAAUAUUAUUACUCUUUGUCAUAAUUCUUAUUAUGAAUUAAAUAAAAAUAUAACGUUUUUGUCCUUUCAAUUAGCCUGGAAGCUCAAAGGCCAGUCAUUCACAAUCAUGGUACAUAUGCGUUCCAAAUUAUUUACUGAAUUGCUGUUCGUUAAGUGUCAUUUAACAGCGUUUGUGAAUCCCUACAGUGAGGAGGUAGAAUAUGUUAUUUGUACGACAAGUUCUAUGAAGUAAGUAUGUUCUUAGUUAAAUGUAAGACUCAGUAGAUUGUAUGGUAUAUCAUGAAAAAAUUCACUUUAUUAUUACAUUUAAUUCCUUGUUUUACCAACUAGGAUGCUACGAAUAUCUACUUAUUUUCGUGCAUAUAUUCAAUUAACUUUAUUCCACUUCAGAGCUUUCGAAAGUGAGACUUCAGGUUCAAAUCCAAAUAGUACCUAUACGGAAAACAACAGUUACGGUCAAACUAAGGCAGAUUUCUUUGAGAGGACAUCCCAUGUUACUCACGCUAAUUGUUCGAUAGUACGUGAUCAUAUUAAUACGACACCAAUUCAACCGAACCCUAAAUCUUCGACUUAUAUUCAUUCAGUUAACCAAGCAAAAGAAUCACAUUUGUCUACUUACUGGAGACAUACAAAUGAAAAUACAGAUCACUUUGACCCAGGAUUCGCAAUACAACCAAGUACUACUGAGAUGAAUCUAUCCUCGAAUAUUGAUCAUCAAUCAUAUCCAUUUUCCGGCCAGGUAGAUUCAUCCUUGAACGAACCUAACUCAUUACAUAGUUUGUCAUGCUCUAACACACAAUUAAUACCGCAAUCAAAUCAAGAACACGCUAAUAUUCAACACCAUACAGAUCCAGCAUCUGGUGACUAUUUGUCAUCUAUGCCAAACAAUUACGGUACACUACGAAACGGUACAGAUUUUCCGACAAGUGAUGUUCAGGCGCUAAAUAAUUUUGAUCACAAACGCAACAACUCUCUUGAUGUUAACUGUGCUUUUCAAGCGUCUAACCUGAACACAGGUGACUGCAUAGUUCAAACAUCUGAAAGUGGAUUAACACGCCCAUCAGCUAUCUGCUUUAUGCCGUCAGAUUCAGUAGGUGAUUGUGGUUGUGAUAUUACAGAAAAUAUGUCACCACAUACCAUGUCAUAUCUCAAUAUGAACCGGCCAUUUGGUAAUCAUGAAACAUACUUACCAAGUAUUGAUAUUGCCUCAGAUUCCAGGACAUAUCGACAACCGAUUACUGAUCAUCCUACUUCUGCUUUUCAUGGAUGGUACGAUCCUACACUACCUUCCAGUUCCAUAUCCACUUCGGAGUCUUCCUCUAUACCGUCGGAUAUUUAUCAUCAACCCGUUGCAAAUAACCACACGCAAGAUGAUUUAUCCGCCAGCGAUUUUGUAUACACUCAGCCUCACAUAUUGCAAACCAAUAAUGAAACGAAUAACUGUAUGCAACAAAACCCUCUGCAGCAACCGAGUUAUGAUUAUUUCAAAUACACUGUACAAUAGCUUAAAAAACAUUUGAAGUGAGUUGUAUUUUGUCCCUGGGGAUGUUGUGCAAACACUAUCAUUCCACUUAAAAAUGACUGUUGUAUAGUUUAUUUGGAGUGUAUACUUGAAUUCUCUGUAGUUUUAUUUCAUAAUGAUUCUUUUGUGUAUCCAUAUAUUCUUUUUAUGCAUAUCUAUCUUAAUAGUUAAUAUUGUUAUUGCUUACUUUUGCUGGUCUUUUUUUAUUUAAUCAGGUUAAUCGUUUCCUGAUGUCAUUGUGUACAUGUCUUCUUAAUUAUUUCAUGAGCUUAAAAGGAAUUAUGCUAUGCUUUAAAGAUUAUAUAUAUACUUAGUUGCUCUACAAUUUCAGCAUUUUUAAAUAUCUUUUUCUUUGUUAAUUAAUGGUACUACUUCAUUUAUAAAUAGAAAUAAACUGUAAACUAAUGUACACUAGUUAUCUUAAUUACGUUAUAUAAAAGCAC